AUGAUAAUUCAGGAAGAAGACGACCUUCUAAAUUCAAAGGAUCCUCCCGUCACAACUCCUGCCCUUCGUUAUCCAGAGCGCGCGGCAGGCCGUCGUCCAUUCAGUCCUCUGCCUGACUAUGAAACGUCGCAGGCUCUGGCUUUAAAUGGCUUGAGCAACGACUCCUUGAUCACCUUUUACAAACCUCCUCCAAAGCGCCGCUUUAUCGACUCCAGGUCCUGGAGGGCUGGCAUAGUCGCUUUGGGCAUAUAUAUUAUUCUUUCAAUCAUCAUUGGCAUUCCUCUCAUUGUAAAAAACUCUCAGGGCGACAACAAACCAUUUUCCUAUCCCACGAACUAUGCUGUUCCUUGGCCAGGGAAAAAUGCUGCAUCACAUUAUGUCACGAAUAUCAACAACAUCUCAAGCUCCCUUCCAGACGGAGUUUCAUCUGUUUGCAACGUAUGGGCAACUACCGGAACACUCGAGGACGCGCAACAUUUUAUGGUCGGAGAGGUUUCACACACCGUAUCAUCCAAUGGUCGAUUCAGCAUCACGUCGAAUGCGUCAUACAUAAGUAACAUGGAUAUUGUCCUGGGUGAUCUAUUCGUCGGCUUAAACCCUAACACCUCCGUGACCGAUACAACAAUAUUGGUCAAUAUGCAAUCAUCCAAUGAUGUCAUCUUCAGCCAGACACAGGUUUGCUUUGCAUUGUCAAACAACGUCACUGGCCUCGCUAUCUAUGUUCCAGAUAACAUGUCUUUGAACGAUCAACUGCUCUUUAACAUCACACUGCUGUACCCACAAUCAGCUAUAACUGCUCAAGUCAACUCUUUUGCUACCUACCUACCGUUGUUCACCCAAAUGUUUGGCGACUUUGGCGACUAUGUCAAUUUCGAGAGAGUUUCUAUUGAAGGCCCCCUUUCCAGAAUUUUUGUCGGUUCCAUUGAAGCCGACGACAUAUUGGUUCAAACAUCUUUAGAGCCAAUUUUCGGUCAAUUUGCAGCCUCACGUUCCCUUUUUGUGAACACGAUACAAGCACCUAUCAAUGUCAACGCCUCACUCUUCAAUGACCCAGACUCGAAUUUCCCAACAUAUCUUGAAGUCAACACUGGCAAUAGCAAUUUGAAGGCCAACAUCACGCUGAACGCACCUAACAGAGGUCCUCCCCAGCGUCCGAAUUUCGUUGCAAAUAUGCGCACUUUUAAUGGCCAAGCUACAACGAGCUUCGUGCACGAUCCGGCAUCACCGCCGACAGCUAUAAAAUUGCGUCUGGAGAAUGACCUUGGUCCGAUUAAUGCCGUGUUUGAUCAGUACUUUCAGGGCUUUUUUCAGGCCGAUACGAUACUAGGCGCUGUGUCAGUGUCUCAGGGCACUGCCUCUUCUUUGAAUCCAUACAAUACGACCUCGCUCCGCAGUUUCUUCCUGAAUUAUGUUUCUGACACACGGACGUAUGGCUGGAUAGGCUGGGGACUAGGCUCAGGGGGCUUCCUUGGGGAACAAAUUGGUGAAGUGGUCGUGGAAACCUCGAUCGCAAAUUGCACUCUAUUUUUUGAUGGUUGA